UGCCCGUUUAAUGUCUACGAUGUCAAAAUGGCCCAUCAGACCUCCCGCUAUCUGUACAUUGUCUCUGCGAAAUUCUAGAAGUUUCACAGUUUAGAAUAUGCCGAGCGACUCGCUGGUCGCAAGGCGCUUCGUACAGCACUUCCACUGGCCAUUGAACAUCUAUGGUUGAAAUUGGGUACAAUGUUAUCAUUAAGAUACAAAGCCCGCCUAAACCCUCUUUUGGCGAGAAUAUCGGCUGCAUCUCAACAUGAAUCCGGGCCUCGACGAUUCUCUUACGCGAAGCCUCGUACUCGCGCUGGCUCUUGUUCCACAAGCUAAUGUCGAAUUUCACCAGUCGACAAAUCUCGAUCCCUACGAAUAUACAAGUGGACGAUGGCUCGUUCGUGAGGCACGGGAAUUUGAAGCACGUCAGAUUCAGUUUGAUUUUGACGCGCUCUCCCGCCGUGUAAUACAACUUUGCGCUGGUGCUUCUUCCAUCAAGUCAUGCAGCAAGAGGGAAGGAGGGUUCAACCGAGUGUUUUUAUUUGUGCUCGAUAACGACAAGAAUGUUGCGGCCAAGCUGCCAUUUUCUGUGGCGGGACCACCGUCGCUCACCACCAACUCCGAAGUUGCCACCCUCAAAUACCUUCGAUCGAGAACGAUACUUCCUAUUCCCGCGGUGCUUGAUUGGAACGAUGACCCAUUGAACGUCGUCGGUAGUGAAUACAUCAUUAUGGAGCACGCCAAAGGCAUUCAACUACACCAACGCUGGCCGAAUAUAAGUGCUCAGGACAAGAUCAAUCUGAUCAAUGCUAUUUCCCAGCUUUGCAAGGAGUUGACGGAGCUCGAAUUUCCAGCUUACGGGAGUCUUUAUUCGAAGAGUAGUCGUAUCGAUACCAGUUCUUACAUUCACCUCGAAGAUGAGUUCUACAUAGGUCCCCAUUGCGGAGCCAUGUUUUGGAAGGAUUGUGCUGGACGACCUCAUCACCAGCAUGCCUCGACACCGAGCCCGAGCCGUGGACCAUGGCGCGACCUCGAGGCAUACGCUGAUGGCCUUAUCGACGCCGGCAUCUCUCGGGUCCCAAUAAUAACACCGAAUGAUAAGAAGCUUUUGAGGUAUCAAGGAGAUGCCAGCACACAUUUCCAGCUUCUUCAGAACGGCCGCGAUGUUCUCAGGCAGAUCGCGAGCGACCAUCGGGUGAAACUCGCCUCAAGUCCGACACUCUUUCACCCGGACUUCCACAAACGAAACAUAUUCGUGUCUGAGAAUGACCCAGCCGAGGUCACAAGUAUCAUCGAUUGGCAGUCAGCGAGUAUAGAACCGGCGUUCUGGUACACGGAUCGAGUGCCCGACUUUGCACAGAUACGUGACGGUGAUUCCGAUCCUGCCAGCCGUCUCUGCGCAAAAGCUUUCGAAGCAUGCUUUCGCUAUCACGUCCCUCGGCUUGACCUCCCGCGUUCCAUGGACGAAUCUUUCUUUCGGCCGUUUCGUUAUUGUCACCGAACAUGGAAAGAUGGUGCUGUUGCGUUCCGCCACGAACUGAUAGAGACCGCUCGCCUUUGGGACGAGCUUGGCUUUUCCAAUCCGUGCCCUUAUCCACUACCGAGCUCUGACGACUUAGUCAGCCAUUUGAGGGAGUACCGUUUCUUUGAGGCCGCACAAAAUCUACGGGUUGAUCUAGCAAGAUUGAUAGAUGCAGAGACGGAUGGCUGGGUUCCCUGUGAUAAGUGGGAGGAAGCCAAAGCCUCCGAAAAGCAGAUGUUUAGCGGAAUGCUACAAGCAGUCUUGGAAAAUGAAGAUGACGACCCAGAAGAGCCGAUACGAAGUGAAGCAGAUCUGCGAGAAAUCUGGCCUUUCGACUUAUGACGAGCUCAGGAAUUCUAUCUGUACAGUCCGUAAAGCUGACAUAGAUGACUUAAUGUAGCAUAUUAUACUGUGCGUGAUGUGAACG